AUUUUUAAAUCUUUCGAUGGCAACGGCAAUGGUAUCCUAUCUCUUUCAGAAAUACAAGCUGCUGUAAUCAAAACUUAUCCAGAAUAUAAAGACAAUAAGCCAGCUAUAAUGCGGGCUUACAAGGCUGCAGACACUUCAAAGGAUGGAUUCGUUCAACUCGAAGAAUUCGGCCGCCUCCUUGAUCUUCUUCAUUACUAUAAUGAAUUAUAUAAACUUUUUCAAAAACUUGAUGUAGACCAUGAUAGACGUAUUACUUUUGAAGAGUUCAAGAAGGGACAUAAACUCAUGGGUUUAAAAGGUCGUUCGGAUUUAGAUCUUGAAGAAGAAUUCAGAAAGAUGGAUGGAAAUGAUGGUGGUGUGGUUUUAUUUGAUGAG